ACAGGCAACGAUAUGGGUGACAGAGCUGUGUCAGGGCUCCUGCCGGGGGUGGCCAUGGUCCUCCUGCUACUCCUGCAGAGCACACAGUCAGUCUAUAUCCAGUACCAAGGCUUCCAAGUCCAGCUGGAAUCAGUGAAGAAGCUGAGUGAUCUGGAGGGGCAGCAGGUGCCCAGCCCCCGCCUGCGGGUCCAGAGCCUCCCGCCCUCCGUGUGCCACCACCCAGCCCUGCCCCAGGACCUCCAGCCUGUCUGCGCCUCCCAGGAAGCUGCUGGCAUCUUCAAGACCUUGAGGAGCAUCGCUAAUGAUGACUGCGAGCUGUGUGUGAACGUGGCCUGCACGGGCUGCUUCUGAGAUGGCCCCAGGUACUCUGAGCCCACCUGGGACACCUUGCCCCUCAG